AUGACCAGAUCUACGCUCAUACACCCAAUCACUCCCCCAAAGUACUCCCAUUCUCCCAUCCACUCCCACAACCACCUCCAUUCUCCCAAUCACUCCCCAAACUACUCCAUACUCCCAUUCACUCCCCAACUACUUGCAUCCACUCUUAACAUUACUCCCAUCUACUUCCCCAACUACUCCUAUACCUCCAAUCACUCCCAUCGAACCAUACCCCCAAUCACUUCCCCAACUACUCCCCCAACUACUCCCAUACGCCCAUCCACUCGUCCAACUACUCCCAUACCUCCAAUCACUCCCACCCACUCUCCAAACGCCCCCACAUCCCAACAUUCACCCCACUCCCACACUCAUAACCCCUACAUCCACCUCGCAGUUCCCCACACCUCAUGCCCCACAUCCCACUCACGCUCGGCCCACACCCCACCCCGACCCCACAAUCCAUCCCCACCUCACACCCUGCAACCUCUACACUCUUACCCCAACCCACUCAAAAACUACACAUCCCAUACCCACCCUAUCCCACCCCACACACCAUCUCCCCACCAUAUCACCUCAUACCCCACUCCUCAUCCACACCCCACCCACACCAUACCCGACACUCCACCCGGAACUUCAACUUUGAGUUAUCAUCAAGUUUGUAUGAAUUCUGUCCCAAAUGAUGGCCAGGAGCUUCUGACUUCCCUCCCUCCUCAGGCGCUGCUGGGGAGACACUGA